AUGAAAAAGUCUUUACUCUUGGCUCUUUGGAGCGCAGGUGCUUUAGCCAGUCCCUGCAAACCAGCGAGAGACGUCACCCACAAAGAUUAUGAUGUACCCACAGCCCCCUCAACAUAUUUCGUCCCUACAACGUCGGCCCAGGAUACCACAGUGGAGACUCAUAUUGCAAGUGGUUCUGAUGGUGAUGAGACCAUCUCAGUGCCCAUACGCUCCACUGAGACCUUCGCAGGGGGAUCAGAAGGUCACACUGUCGAGCUACCUCAGGGCUCUGCAACCUUCGGUUCCGCCUCACCAUUAGAAACCACAGUUGCAGAUGGGGACAUUUCAGAGGCCAGCCAGGAUUCCGAAAUCCCUUUCGUGUCUGAAACUUGGACACCUAAUGUCCCUGAGCUUACUGGCGGCAGCGGUACAACCGCCGUUCCUACAAACCGUCCUAGUCAGCCGGGUCAGCCUGGUGAUGAUGUUACUGGUAGUGAGACUACAAACGUUGCUGGUGAUUUUUCCACGACACUACCAGUAACCAAUACAGCUACUGAUAUCGCUGGCCAGCCAUCUGAAGAUGCAACCAACACUGAACUAUCUUCAAAUCGUUCUGGCUUGACGGAUAGUGUUGGUGCUACCGAAACCGACAACAUUCCUGGUCAGUCGGGUGAUGAUUCAACCAAACUAUCAGCGACUGGAACUGAAACAGAUGCUAUCGACCAGCCUUCCGGUGAUGUUGAUAACACUGUGGCGGCUUCGUCAAAUGCAUCUAGCUUAGCUGAUGGUGUUGCUGCCACUGAGACUGUUACCCAUGAUUCAGUUGAGACAGCUAGCCCUGGAGCCAAUACUGAAACCUCUGUCAAUGGGGUUGUUCCUACAGAGGGAGCCCCUGCAACUGCCCCAACUGAUGACGCCUCCAGUCAUGUUACUGGCUCUGCUGGUAUCACCGGCGGACAACCUGAUGCUACUGGAGACGCAACAGAUGGUACAGCCGAUGUGCCAGCUACCACACGGAACCCCGAUUUCACCGAGACUGGAUUAUCAGGAGCACCUGAUGAGACUAUCUCUCCCUCUGGCACCGACACUGAGACCUCAACAUCAGGUGCUGGCAAUACUUCACAGAAUAUCGUUGCGACAACAGGCAUAGCACCAGAACAAUCUUCCGAGAUUACUCCGGGCAACACCAAUGUCAAUGAAAAGACCACUGGGUCUGUGACUGAGGAUUUGCCAAGGCCUACUGAUACUGGAGUCCCAACUGAGGCAAAUGACGUAUCUACAAGUGCUAUGACUGGCCCUGAGACAACAGUUGACCCUGCGGAGCAGACUCCAACCACCACAGAGGAGACCCAGGAUAAUGGUUCCAAUGAGACCACUGAAUUGGGAUCUGAUAAAACCUCUGCAGUUAAGGCUACUACCACAGAAGGUGACCAACCUGACGAGACGGAUGUUGCCACCCAGCCCGCUAGUGAUAACUCUGACACCACAACUUUUGAAGUCUCAUCAUCAGACAGUGAGGUACCCUCUACCGCCAUCGGUGUUACUACAACUGAUGCUGCUGCGACAACCGAUGGGGAAAAUGACAAUCCUUCGACAACCGCUCUCAACGGGAACAGCUCAUCCAAAACGUUGAACCCAGCGCCAGUCACAACAACUACCGCCGGAGACGCACCAUUCCCGACAGUUACAGAUGCUCCCGAGGGAUUCUCUUCGUCAACUGUCAGCGGUCAUCCUGAGUGGACAUCCAACACUUGGAUCACAACCACAUCAGGCGACUCUUCUGAGCCAACUAUUAUUCCAGUUCUAGUUGGCUGCAAGAAGUGUGGCGGAUCGGGCUCCGGCAUCGUCCUUUGGAAUUUUCCUAAGACGCCUGACACUUGGUUCAAGCUCCCAGGCCUCCCCAAGUUCACGUUCCCCUGCAUUCCCCCAGGUUGUUCCACUCCUCCCACUACGUCUGAGAGUAACAGCAAUGAUGAUGAUGGCGAUGAUGAAGAGGAUAACGAACCUUCUUCCACCACAUGCACUGAUAAGGCUACCGUGACAGACUGCUUUGUGGCCUGCACCACAUAUACAGGUCCUGCUGGGGCCUCGAUCACACCUGAAUGCUCAACAACCUGCACCGCUACGCAUACUGGAUGCAGCGUCACUGGGACAACUACCACCUCAUCCGCCGCUGCAUGUGGUCCUUCGGGAGACAGCUCUUGUGUGAUAUGCAGCAACGAUGACCUCGAAGAUACCGGUUCAAACUCCCUGGAUCGACGUGACAAUUAUCUUGAGAAACGAGCAGGGCGAGACAUACGGUCCGUGGGAGGGUGCGCCGCUUUUGCCUUUAGUCCUGCGUUCCCGGCGUACCCCGGCGGAGAGACUGUCCUGUACAAGGAUGCGACCAUCAUCUCCCAAAAUUCUCCACUAAAUGAUAUCAAGAGAUGGUGGCUCACGACACAGGGCAGUCAGUGUGUGCCAAUUCUGAGGGGUAACCUGGAUGCCGCUACUUUCAUCAAGGAUAGGACAGAUCCCACAGGACAUGGUGUAGCAUCACUCGACCAUGUUUACGAGAAGAGUAUGCUGUUGGACUUUUUUAACGAGAUCAUCGAUCCGAAUGGCCCCCCUGUCAAGGGCAUGUCUACUGGCGGCCCUCGCCAUAAGAUCAACUGCCAAGAUAUGGAGAGUUAUGGUGGCGCUACGAAGAAUAGCAAGAAGAGACUCCUUCAGAAGGUCUAUGACACUUACCCAUCUGGAACCCUUACCGUUCGCAAGGGUAAACUUACAAUCAAGGACGCACAUUACUUGGAGGAUUUCAUCGGUAUGAAUCACUGGACCAACGGAAUUGCAAAGGCAUUCGUUGCCGAUACAGGCGACGUCAAGAAGAAAGGUGACGAAUGGUCUGACGCCCGAAAUGACGUUACAGCUUCAACAUCCAAGAAAGACGCAGAAAGACGCAUCAAAGGAAAGUUCGCAUUGCUUGAGAAGAUGGCGAUAGGUGUCGAGAUGUUUAGCGCACCUGAAGCGAUUGACUCCAUUAUAAGACAGAACCAGCGAAUCUAUGCUAGAUUUACGGAUAUGGAUAACGAGGCCAAGGGCUGCAUGAACGACCCUGCGGUGAAGAAUGGCCUUUGGUCUUUUGCUGACAAGUAUAAGACCUUUAUGCAGACCAGAUUCAACGGGCAGGAUCCCUGGUCUAUCAACAACGAGGUCGAUGGUGCCAAGACAAAGGUCAUCGACAAGUUGAAGAUGGACUUGGUGGCAGCUGUUAACGUUCGGGUCAACAAUGCUGCCGACUGGAAAAGCAAGAUUGCUGAAUGGAACCUGAAGCUCGCCAGCUUGGAUGAUCCUACCCGUCUAUGGGCCAUUCCAGAACCAGCCUGGGUUUGGACGUGGAUAAAGAAGCGAGAUGGCGAGGACUCUGGGCUUUCAUGCGAUCGUCCUAUUCCAUCGGAUACUACCACAUCUGAAGAGUCUACUACCUUUGCUACUUCUACCAAGACCAGCUCUGAGGAGUCUUCUUCCGAAGAGUCAACCUCUUUCACGGAGGAAACUUCUUCAACGGAUGAGAUGAUCACUUCUACUACUGAAGAUUCUGUUCAACUGACGGACUUUCCUACUCUCACCAACGCCCCACCGCUAUCAAUUUCGACACCUGAUGGCAGCUCUUGCGCCUCAACAACCACUUAUACUCAGUGUAACUUGGGUACUGGCAAUCACGGUGGUGCCUGCGUCGCCAACUCGCAAUGUGCGUCAUGGGUCAACACCGAAACGACCAGCACGACACCCACACCCACACCAACCAUGGAGUCUCCUGACCCGUCUCAGAACAUCAAGCACUGCUACGACGAAGGGCCGAAAGUCAGCCACGACUCCAUCACUGUGAAUGCCGAGUCUUUCUGUAACAAGGUGGUCUCCAAGAACAAGGAUAACGGGUACUACUGGUCCAACGAUAAGCUCGAGGAAAAGCUGUUACCUGGAGGAGGCGGUCGAGGUUACCAUUACAAAGUCCUGUUUGAGGUUAAGGAGGGAUGCUUGUGGAAGGCCGACUUUGAUGAGUGUAUGAGGUACAUGAAGGUCCCUAUCGAUUCUUGUGAUUGCUCAGCCAAGGGGAAUAAGCAGGGUGGAUGGGUUGAGAAUAAUUGUAUUACGGCCAAGAUUGACCCGAACAAGGGUGAUUAG